CUUUCUAAGGAUGGUAUGGAGUCGAGAUGACAGGAAAGAGAUGAUCAUGGAGUUUGGUUACGAGAAAAUUAAAUAUAAAUAAUGUACUUUUGUUGUCAAAAAUGAUAUGUUUACAUCGUUUAGUUUAUAAUAUAUACUGCACAACCUGAAUCAAGAUGUCUUCCAAAAGAGAACUCAAGAAGUUGUCAGAGGAGAGUUUAACCAGACAACCCGAAGAAGUUUUCGAUAUAAUAUGUAAACUUGGCGAAGGUUCAUAUGGCAGUGUCUAUAAGGCGCUGCACAAAGAGUCUGGGCAAGUGUUGGCCAUUAAGCAAGUGCCAGUUGACACUGAUUUGCAAGAAAUAAUUAAAGAAAUUUCGAUUAUGCAACAGUGUGAUAGUCCCUAUGUGGUCAAAUACUAUGGAAGCUAUUUUAAAAAUACUGACCUCUGGAUUGUUAUGGAGUACUGUGGGGCAGGAUCGGUUUCAGAUAUCAUGAGACUGCGUAAAAAGACACUGAGCGAAGUCGAAAUAGCUACUGUGUUAUCUGAUACGUUAAAGGGACUUGAAUAUUUACAUUUAAGGAGGAAAAUCCAUAGAGAUAUAAAGGCUGGUAAUAUAUUAUUAAAUUCCGAAGGCCAUGCUAAACUGGCUGAUUUUGGAGUAGCCGGACAGUUAACGGAUACUAUGGCCAAAAGAAAUACUGUCAUUGGCACUCCUUUCUGGAUGGCACCAGAAGUUAUUCAGGAAAUCGGUUAUAAUUGUGUGGCUGAUAUUUGGAGUCUGGGGAUUACUGCGUUGGAAAUGGCCGAAGGCAAACCCCCUUACGGUGAUAUUCACCCCAUGAGAGCCAUUUUCAUGAUUCCGACAAAGCCACCACCGUCAUUUAGAGAGCCCGAUAAAUGGAGCCCAGAGUUUAUAGACUUUGUGAGUGUGUGUUUGGUGAAAAUCCCCGAGGAACGUGCCACAGCCACCGACCUUCUUAGUCAUGUAUUUAUAGGAAACGCCAAAGCCCCUAGUAUCUUAAGCAGUAUGAUUCAAGAAGCUCAUGAAUUAAGAGAGAACCAGACUUAUCGCAGCGUUUCUGUUUCAACUAACAUUAGUGGAUUGAAACAGCCUGUAUCUGAGUCAGUCGAUGUUAAUGACUCGGUCAAUGAGACAAUGCUCUCAGCAGUUGAUGAUGGAACCCUUGUACCUGAUAAAGGUGGAACUUUGGUGCCUUCAGACCUUUCUGGUACCAUGGUAGAUUUAGAGUCUGACUUAGGCACGAUGGUCAUUAACGCCGAUAGUGAGGAUGAUGAAACAAUGAAGAGGCAUGGAACCGAUUCAGCACAAAAUAAGAACAAAUAUCGGCCCAUGUUUCUCGAUCAUUUUGAUAAACGCGAAGCGGAAGAGAAUAAAGGAAAUGGAGUGUCAAACUCAGUUACAUCACAAGAAAACCCCAAAUCGAAAUUGCCGGAUCACCAAAAAAUCGAACAUCCAGUGCCAGUGCCUGAUAAAGGGGAAGAAUCUAAACAAGUUCCUUCCAUUACCUUUUCAGAUGGAGAUUUUGAAUUUCUGAAAUACCUUUCCUAUGAGGAGCUACAAGAGAAGAUGAAUAGUUUAGACGCAGAUAUGGAAAGGCAAAUAGAUGAACUGAGACAAAGAUAUCAAGCUAAAAGACAACCCAUAUUAGAUGCUAUGGAUACUAAACGAAAAAUGUCGCAAAACCUUUAAUAUUUUUUUGUUUCAUAGACGGCGCGUAAAUGUUGAAUGUUCUCUCUUAUUUUCUAGUCAGGGAAGGCAAUUAAUUAAACACGGCUUGUAGGGGUUUAAAUAUUGUUUCAACGAAUUGCCUUCGCAACUUGAAAUUAUCGUGAGAGCCUCUUAAAACUAAGAUUUGCAAUAAUAAUAUUAAUAAUAUCAUAGUCGGUAUAGAGAUAGUGUUUUUUCCUAAACCGAACUAUCCUGUUAUUUUCAAUACAUCACAAUUUGUCAUUAUUUUCGAAUGGUAAUAAUUUGUACGCAUUAUUUACAUUCAAGUUGUGUAAAUCCUUUCUCGUGUCGCAAAAUUCAAGAAAGCAAUCGAAUCUCAAAUGUCAUUAAAAAAACCCAUUCAAGUAUUGCCAGUGAUUCAUAUAGAAUUUACACAGCGACAAUUCAGUGUCUCGUGCCAUCAGUAUACAAUGCUACGUUUAUCAUUUGAUAAACAAAUCGGUUUUUGCUUCCAUGACCACCAAACGAAAUAUUUGAAUGGUUUUGAUUUCUAUAUUUAAGAAUUGUUUGGGUUACAUUAAUCGACUAUUUAAUCUGUAAGGCGUUAGUCCUAAAUGUACUUAAAGCGGUUCUUUUGUACUGCUCCUAUCCUAAUGUCAAAUACUAUAAAAUCAUAAUAUCGAAGCAUGCAGAAAAUGAUAGAUUUUAGUAUUUAAUGGAAAAAUUAACACGUAUUAUUUAAGGUCUCUAACUUUGGGUUUAACAACGUUGUACAGAUAUCCCCAAUAAUUACAAAAAUGUAACCUCUGUACGAAAAGUACGCUUGCUGUGCCUUUGUAGACUAAGUAGAUUUAACUCUUACUGUAUCCAUAUUUUUUGAUGAUUCGAAAUAAAUAUAUAAAACAA